AUGGCUAACCUUACAAAACUCGAGUUCGUUGCCCUUGAUAUUUCGGGCAAGAACUACCUAUCAUGGGUGUUGGAUGCUGAAAUUCAUCUUGAUGCUAUGGGUCUUAGAGACACCAUUAAAGAAAAUAAAAAAGCAUCCAACCAAGAAAAUGCCAAGGCUAUGAUAUUCUUGCGUCAUCAUCUUGAUGAGGACCUGAAAAUUGAAUAUCUUACUAUUAAGGAUCCACUCGUUUUAUGGAAAAACUUGAAAGAAAGGUAUGACCACCUGAAGAUGGUCUUCCUCCCAAAAGCACGACACAAAUGGAUCAAUCUAAGGCUACAAGAUUUCAAAUCAGUUAUGAAGUAUAACUCUGAGAUGUUCAGAAUUACUUCUAUAUUGACACUAUGUGGAGAAAAGAUUAGUGAUUCUGAUAAGCUGGAAAAUACGUUCUCCACUUUUCAUGCCUCGAAUGUGCUCCUGCAGCAGUAA